AUGUCGAUUGUUUCUGCCAAAGUGCCAGGGUAUAGGAGUUACAAAAAUUUUAAAUGUUUCAACGUUGAAGGCGACAGAACUAGUAUAGAAAGAUUACGUAAUGCGUUACAGGAAAGAGAUGAGACUCUUUCAUACGCCGACACUAGAAACGGCGGUGAAUUUGUCGUGGCGCCUCAUUUAGAAGAUUUCUUCAAUAAAAUAGUCGUACAAGAGAAUCUGAAGGCUACAAUGAUCUAUGACGACAUUUCUAAAAUUAUUCAAUCAGAAAAGUCGAUGCUAAGAGGUAAUAAAGAAUUCUCAUGGACGGCGUAUUAUGACAUCGACGAUAUAUAUAAAUACUUGACAAAUAUGAGUAAAUCUUAUUCAAAUUGGUCUGAACUAAUCAUCGGAGGCAAGACUUAUCAGGGUCGGUCCAUAUUAGGACUUCGUAUAAAUACUCCUUCACAAGAAUAUACACCUAAACCUGUUAUAUUUAUUGAAUCGGGUAUUCACGCUCGAGAAUGGAUAGCUCCUGCAACUACUACGUACUUUAUCAACGAGUUGUUAACAAGCAAGGACGCGAACAUAACAGCCCUGAGGGAUCAAUUCGACUGGCGCAUCUUCCCAUCUGUUAAUCCGGACGGCUAUCACUACAGUUACACCGUGGAUCGACUUUGGCGAAAGACUCUAUCAAAAACCACUAACCGAUGCUUCGGUGCUGAUCCUAACAGGAACUGGGAUUACAACUGGGGUCAACACUCAUCAACGCACAAUCCAUGCGACUACCAGACAUAUGCAGGCUCCCGUCCGUUCUCUGAGAUAGAAACACGCACGCUGGCGUCCUACAUACAGAGCAUCGACAACAUGAUGGCCUACAUCAGUUUCCAUUCGUACGCUGCCAUGCUACUGCUGCCGUACUCUGAUUCUACAGAACAUGUGCACAAUUACGACGACUUGGUUAAAGUGGGUCAAUCAUCGCUUGAUUACGGCUACAAAGUUAACAAAGAUAAGAGAUAUGAGGGGCCCGGCACUGCGGCUGAAAUACUCUACAAAGCUUCAGGAGGCAGUAUGGAUUGGGUACGUCAUGCAUUAGGUACACCUCUAGUGUUCACAUACGAGCUACGAGGUAACUCCUUCCACUGGCCCCCAUCCAGAAUUCAAGAACAAGGAGACGAGGUGACACAAAUGAUGCUAGGGUUGGUCACGGAAGCGAAUAAACUGGGAUAUUACUAA